AAAGACAACCACAUCAACACGACGUACGACUAUCUAAAGAGCACGUCCCCGCGUCGGUUCGUACGGACGACUGAUGUCAGAUACCUGAGCGACAUGACGCGGUGUCUGAGAGACACCCUGAGACAGAUCUGCGAGGACCAGCCUGUGGUGUGUCCCAACAUACAGAACCGAUACAGCCAGCACCGGAGGGACCACCAUCGACCCAUGGGGUGUUCCGGCUCCAACGACACGGGACAAGGAUCAUCGCCCAUGGUGUCCACUGGUGUCCCGGCCAUGUCGUCAUGCGAAGCUAUACAAGGGACCUACCAACAAACCUGCCCGCCCCGCCCCAAAAUCUGUUGCUACUGCCAGAAACCCAUGCCCUGUUCCUGCGCUCCCAGAUCCUCCGUCCAAUUCCAGAGAUUCCCCAAAGUCAUUUCCCAAGACUCUACCGACUCCAAUAUCUUCCCUAGAACAAGAUCCAUCUCCGUAGACGACAAGUCUUGUAUCUGCAGCGGAUUGUCUAUGGAUGACUUCGAAAAGAAUGUCAAAGAGGCAGUUAGUCAAUGGUUGCAAGAGCUGCCAGUUUAUGCCAAUGAUAAGCCAGAAGAUAGACGUGUAAGAGAAGAUAUGGCAAGGAAAUUGGUUGAGAAGUUAAAAAGAUUUAAAGAUGAUGAGAAUUUCGAAGACAAAGCAAAAGCUGAAAUUGCUGAAUGUGUUAAUAACAUGCCGAUGUGGUGUCCUGGAAAUGAGGAAGAUCAAGGUGUAUUCAAGCAGCGUAUUGUAGAUAAUCUUCUGAAUAAAAUUCGUAGUAUAACCAAGGUUGAUAAAUUUGAAAGUGAGAUAUCAAAAUGGGUUGAAACUUUGAAUUUGAAAUCGAGGGAUAGUCAAGGAAAAAUUGUCGAUAAGCAGAAUAUAGUGGAAAAUAUAGUUAAUAAGCUAAAACCGUUGGCUUUGAAUCAACCGACUGAUGCUUCAAAUUACAAAGAAGCUCUCAAAACAGAAAUAAUGGAUAUUCUAGAAGAAUUACCAAUUCAAGUGGAAGGUGAUAGAAAGAUGUAUUUAAAUAAACUUGCCGAUAGAUUAGCUGGUCAACUUCACACAAUACCCGCUAAGGAUAUUAAGAGUUCCAGUUUCGAGUCGUUAGAAGACGAAUUUCAAAAACAAAUAUGGGAAUGGCUCAAAGAAAUUCCAGAAUAUUCCAGCGCUAGUGCAUCCAAAGUUCCUGAAAACCAAAAAUCCGUCAAAGCAUUAGCUAACAAGCUUCAAAAAUUGCAAGCACAGGGAAUCGAGAACUCUAGCGUUCAGGAGCAAAUGCAAAACGAAAUUAACGAAUGGCUUGAAAACAAUGUCAGUAAGAAAAGCAGUCUUGAUUUGAAAACCAAGAAUAAACUAGCCGAAAAGCUUCUGGGAAACUUGAUUCACGUAUCCAAAUCGGCAGCUAAGAAAACUAAAACGUCGUUAAGUCAAGAUAGCUUAAAAAAACAGAUUGCAGACUGGCUUGAUGACAUCCCAGAGCUAGCUGGUGGAGAUAGAAAAGAAAAUGAAAAGGAUAUUGAAACUCUAGCUAAGAAACUAUUUGAAUUACGCUCUCAAGGUAAAGAUGAUACUGAAUUGGAGGAUGAAAUUCUAAAUUGGCUGACGAACGCUUUCGAAAAGAAAGGAAAACGGUUAGACAUAAGAAAUCAAAGUAGUUUGGUGAAUAGUCUUCUAGGUAGAAUUAAUAAUUUGUCAGGUGGAAAUGAAGAUGAAAAUUUAAUUGAAGCCAUUAGAGAUUGCCUUGGAGACAUUUCAAAAUUAGAUAUCAGCUCUCCAGAAACCAAGAAAAUGGUUGAAAAGUUAGCAAACAAAAUACAAGAAUUACAGUCGAAUAAAGGUGAUAUUAAUAAAGAAGAUAUAAAAGACGAAAUAGAUAACUGGUUAAAUGAAUUUUCUAAGCAAACUGGAGCUAAUAUUAGCCCCAAAACUAGAAACCAGCUGAUGCAGAAAUUAAUGAACAUUGCUACUUCUGUACCAAAACAAAGAAAACGAUGGAACAAACAGGAUAAUCUACAGCAAGCUAUAUCUGAAGGAAUCGCAAACAUUUUAGGAGGAAGUUCAUUAUCACUUGCCAACGGCGAAAAGAAAGAAUUACAAAGUAAAAUAUCUAACUUACUGUCUAGAAAUAUUGACAAAGUAAAAGCAGGCGAUGGAAGUGGAGAAAUCAAAACGAAAAUUGCUACUAUUUUAGAACAAGAUGCUAAUCUGUCCUCUGGGAAAGCAAAGAAAAUCGCCGAUGAUAUUGUAACUAAAGUUCAGGGUAUGAAAUUACCAGAAUCUAGCAUAAAUUUGCAUUCUGACGAAUUGAAAAACAUGCUCAAGGAAGAAGUUGGACUGAUCUUAGACGCUUCUAACGUGCAUUGUGAUAAUAGAGAUGCUAUGGAAUCUACUCUAACUGACGUUUUAGUUGACCAAAUUAUGCGCGGCGAAGAUGACAGGCAAACUAAAGAUAGAUUGAUAAGAGCACUCAGAGAUUCAGAUAUUUCUAAAGAACAAACAGAAGAAAUUGCCAGUAAACUCAUUAAUGUAGCUAAAGAAAUGUCUUUGAGCCAAAGAACUCAAGAUUCCACGAUGAGAUUAAGUAUGUCUAAAUCGAAAGGUUUUGAACCAUUAUCUCCAGUGCAAAAGGAAAUGUUCCAAGGAAGCGCUGAGCAAGAAAUUGUGGAAUUCAUACAAGAAAUAACAGGUGACAGUAGUCCGCUUUCAGUGAAAAAGUAUAAAGCGGCUGCAGAAAAGUUAGCGCAAAGACUUAGCGAUAUAAUGUCUGAAGCAGACACAUCAAUCGCUGACAAAAGAAACGGCAUAGAGAGUGAAGUUUCUAAAUGCUUGCAAAGUCUGUCAAUUAGUACAGAAGAAUCUCAGUCCAGAAAAUUGGCUGAUAAACUCCAAAAUUUAGCUUUCAAGACAUCUACACCGAAACGAUCGUCUUUGGACGGAUUUUCAUUUAGACCCCGAAGAGAUUCGAGAGGUUCAACAAUGUCGGCUAUAGAAAAUGCUUCUCAUUUCAAAAUGCAAGCUUCUUCGCCUAGCAAAGAGGAAGAGCAGUACAUGAAUCAGCUGGUCGACAUAAUUAACAGUUGGAUGAGGGAUUUACCGAUAGACCUUGAUACUGAAGAUGGUAAAGGAUUCAAAGAGGUCAUGAUAAGGGACCUAGCUGGAGAUAUUAUAGAUAGACAAAAAUAUUUGCAACUAAAUCCCGACGCCAAAACCUCUCCUGCAGAAGAAUUGGAACAUUUAAAGUAUCAAGUGUUUAGGUGGCUGCAUAAGCUACCUGAUUUGAAAAACUUGAUGCCAUCAAUAGCUAAAACGGAUGAUUUGAUGGAACGAAUCAAAUCUGUUCCUGUACCACAGCUUAUUAAAUCUCCAGAUAGAAGAUCCGGCAGACAAAGAGGUUCUAUAAUUCAGGAUUUAUCUCAGAAUUUUGAAUUGCUACAUGAUGAAAUAUCCAAGUGGAUAGGAGCAGUGCCUUCUAAGUUUUAUGCUACAAGUGAUAAAGAUCACCAUCAGCAAAUGGUCAAAGAUUUAGCAGAACAGAUUGACCAGCUUCAUAAAGACGAAGCAUUGACAGAAAACCUUUUAGAUGACGUCGUCUCAGACUGGUUACAAAAGAUGCUGAAAGAAUAUAAUGAACAAUAUUUUAGUAGCUUAACUGAAGGGUUAAAAGGUGCUUUAUUACAUAAAGGACUGAUUUCCCUUUUGGAGAGCUCUAUGUUAAUGAGGCAAAGUAGUCAUGUAAUGCAAGAGAAUUUAAGGGGUUUUAUAUUGGAUUGGCUAAAAGAAAAGCCACUGUAUCAAAAAAGGCCUUCGAUUGAAAAACGUGAACAGGAGCAGUUAGUAGCAGAACUGUCAAAGAAUUUAAAAGAUACGUUAAAAGCUUCUCACCCGAGCGAGGCGCACAGAGAUGACAGAAUCCUAGAUGAUAUAAAAUCACACAUAAAACGAUUCCCGAUGGAGUCACACUUAAAACUAGAUGAGGAUUUCCAUCAUUCUACAGCGAACGAUCUUAUGGAAUACUUGAAGAUGUUACAAAUGUUUCAAAAUAUGUCAGAAAUACAGUCACUGUCGCAAUCACAAUCAGGCAUAGAAUUCAAAGACAUAUUGCCGGUUUUGGACGAAUGGAUAGGUAAACUACCGUUACAAGCCAGAAAGGCAUCUGUAGAUGAUAGAAAACUUGAUAGUCUGAAACAAGAAUUCGCAAAAACCAUUCAUCAACUUAAACAACAACAUCCUACGCACACUGAAACGGGAAGUGCAGUUUUAAAAGAUGAAAUUAAGAAAUAUCUACACAAGUUUCCGAUAGAGCCAGCUAAAAAGAAGGAUCAACAAUUUGUAUCAGAAAAGAUUGAUGAACUACAUAACAUGUUGCAUAAUUUACAAUCUCAGAUGGCAACUCCUGGGAGAGCUUCAAUAAGCGUUGAUGGCGUCAGAGACGUUAUUAUAAAUUGGGCCAAAAAGUUACCAUUUCAAUCUGGAGCAACUAUUGAAAAAUCCAAAUCUGAAGUUGAUAAAAUAGCGACGAAAACUAAGAAAAUGCUAUCUAACGUAAAAGGAGCGGAUGAUUUUGAAAAGAUCAAACCCAAUUUAGAAAAGGAAAUAAAAGCUUUCGUAAAUAAAUUACCUAUUCAGAAGAAAAAGUUUAAAGAAAAUUAUAUUCAUGAACUUACAAACCAAUUAAAUGACUUUGUCAAAGCAUCCACUAUGACGCAGCCUAGCAUGACCACCGACAGUAGUUUCAGCUCAAAAUCUGGCUUAAAAAAAGCGGCAGAUGUUCUCUAUGAUAAUAUCGAAGAUUGGUGUAACAAUCUACCUAUACCUAGUGCAAACACUCCUGAAGAAAAGGAAAAAGUCAAAACCCUCAAACAAAACAUAGCUAGUAAACUAAUCAAUAUAAUAGGCGACUUAAAUGUAAACCCUGAGAUAUUUAACGAUGAUUCAUUAUACGACGAUCUGUUGAAUGAUGAAAUAGAUAAACUACUCAGUACUUUACCCCCAAGUUCAGAACUAGAAAGGAAUUUACCAGCCCUCAAAGAGAACUUGAUACAGAAAGUGAAUGAAGCAAAACUUAAGAUGCAAGACGAGUUAGCGGGACAGGUUUAUAAGCAGCAACUGCGUGACGCCAUCUCGAAAACUUUACCAUCUAUUGAAGACCUGUCAUUGGAAGAGCAAGCUCCAUUUGAAGUACUAAAAGAUAACCUGGCUGAUGCUUACAUUGAAUUGCACUAUGCAGCUUAUAACGAAGAAAUGAAGCGUAAAUUGAAGGCUAAAAUAAGUGAUGAAAUCAAUCAAUUCUGCGAUGACUAUUUACAACAAUAUCCAGCUUCACCUAUCGACCCAAGCAAGCUAAAUAGAGAGCUAUACAAUACAUUGCAAAAAGUACCAGUGCCUAAAGACGAAACUAUCAAAACUCAGGUUGAACAAGUAAGAAUAAAAGACGAAAUUAAUGAAUGGCUCCAAGAAUUACCUUUGAAAGAACAAACUCCAGCUGAGCUAUUACAACAAAAUAAAAUCGUUAAUGUUUUAGCUAAACGCUUACACGAUAUUGAGAAAGAGAAGGAAUGUGACCCUGGUAUUGACGUUGAAGAUCGCAUGAAAAAAGAAAUACAUAAGUGGAUCAAAAAGCUCCCAAUCAUACCAGGUGAAGAAGGUAACGUUGAGAGCAUGGUUGAUCAACUGACGGCUAAGCUUAAAAGCUCAGAAGAAUCGAGAAGAUUCAGCAUUUCUAGGAUAAGGCAUUCGAUUGACACUGCUAGUGAUGAACAAUCGUGUGCAGCAGUUUGUCCCUUUUAUUCUAAAUACGAUAAACCAGCAAAUCUAUUGUCACCUUCCACAGACAAUAGAUAUUUGUCGCAAUACGCUCCACCCUUUCCCCCUAGUACCCUAAGCACGGAAGAUAAAGCACAUUUAGAAAGAAUAAGGGAAAGAAAUCAACAGAGACAACAACCACCAAAACCAGCGUUUCCGCCGUGUCAUUGCAAAGAUGCGUCGGUCAAUCCAAUACCUAUCGAAGCUGGAAGUCAGACUGAUGUUGGUCCAGCAGUAGUUUCAAGCAGCGCCAAGUCUAUUCAAUCACAGCCCGAGCCAUGUUCUAGAAGCCAAGCUCCGUCUACUCAAUCGGACUUGGCACCGUGUUCGCAAGCUCCAGUGUCUCCUCAAGUUGUUGUAAAGGAGUUUUACUGGGAUUCUCCAGAGUCGGCAAUGCGAGAACCGGGUUUUCCAUCUCCAUGUGGACAAGGCCAAUCUGUUAGCUUUCAAGGUCAAGGUCAACCCUGUGGGCCUCAACCACAACAAUUUCCAUGGCCUCAAUCGCAAGCCAAUCUACCUAAGUUCGGCCCGCCACAACCCAGUCCCUGCUCAAGACCUCAGGGUCAAUUUCUUACACCAGAUCAAAGUAGGAUGCCUCAAGCACCUUGCAUGUCCUCACCGCCAAUGACGAUGCAAUCACCUCGCAUGCCUCAACCGCCAAUGCCUCAAUCCUGUAUGAUGUCGCCACCGCCCCAAAUGCCGCCGCAGUCACCUUGUAUGAUGCCACCAGCGCCUCAGAUGUCUGCUUCGCCUUACUCCCAGAACAGAACUGGCCAAUCUCCAUGCAUGUCCCAACCACCUUCGAUGCCGUCACGAAUGACGUCACAGCCUUAUCCAUCAGCGCCCCCUUGUGGCGGAUCACAACCUGCGUACCCGUCAGCACCGCCUUGGACAUCGCAACAGCCUCAGUCACCUUGCAUGUCAAAACCAUCUUCACAGCAGCCAAUGCGAUCUCCUUGCAUGAAUCAACCACAAAUGCCUGAAACUCAAUCGCCUUACUCACAGUAUAACAAAUCCCCAUGUAUGUCAACUCCACAAGAAUCUCAACCAGAGAUGCCUCCGUGUCAUUCUCGAGACACGCCCCCUCCCCGUCAAAGAACGCAACCAUCGCGACAAAUCCCUCCAUGCCAAUCUCAAGAAAACCGUCGUGAGACCAGAAAACCAUUCAGACAGCCAUGUUUUGGGUCUCCAGAAAUAUCGAGCACAUCCUCUCCUUUUGACACCGAGUGUCCUGAUGCUGAUAGACGAUUCGGUCCUAAGGUGACUCGGCUCGGUUCUUUGGACGAUGUGCCGUGCAUGAAGAACUGUGGGAGUCAGUCUCCUAGAGCAAAAAGAUCUAGGGGAUCCCCUGAUGAGGACUUUGAUUGGACGAUUCGCUUUCCUGAAGACGAUGGGUUUUGGGGGACUCCGUGCCCUAGAAGAAGAGUCCAUAAGGCUCCAAUGAGAAACGCUGACGGGCCGUUUGUAAAAGAAAAAGAGAGAAAAGAAGAGAAGGUCAGAUGUCGGUGUAGAAAACGUAUUUUGACGAAGUGCAUGGGCAGACGGCCUCAGACUUGCAACUUUUCUUGCCAGGAUGACGAGUCUAUGCAGCACUGCUCUAAAUGUUGUGGAGCUCACUGCCCUCACCCAAGCUACCUCUUUUUUAGAUAGAUUUGUGAUCGUUUUGUUAUGUCUUGUGAUGUUUUGUGUUGUGAAAAUA